AGGAUAUAAAUAGUUUAAACGAGCAUUCAAUAGCUCAGUAAUACAAGAACAAACCAUUGUGAUUACAAUUCUCUCAAUUGCUCAUUUAAAAAAAAAUAUGAAGCUUAUUAUUUUAACUAUUUUAUUUAUUGGGUCAUCAAGUUAUGGUCAACUGACACCAAAUUGGACAAAGGACAUACUGGAACGUGUUAACAAAUUGAAUACAAAUAUACAAGGAAAUGUUGUUCGUUUAAAUAAACAAAUUCAAGAAGCAAUGAAUGGUAGACUUGCAUUUGUUGAUCGUCUGAAUGAAGAUGUUGCUAAAAAAGUCGGAAAAGUUACUGAGGAGGUAAGACGUCUUCCUAAAAAUAGUCAUACAUUUACUGUUAAUAAUAACAGUGGUUCAUCAAGAGUAAUUGUAUCUGGAACUGGUGAUGAUGGUCAACCAUAUUUUCGUGAUAUUCAGGAUACAGUUAUUGAUGGAACUCUUUUUCAUACAGAACGUGUUUAUAAUCCAAAAACUAAAAGCAUGGAUGUGUAUGAAUAUACACUUGACUUGAAUGAUCCAAGUGCGAAACCAGUACCAAUUGUUAAAGAAUAAAAAAAAUUAAUUUAAAAUUAAUACAUGGGAAACCAUAAUAAGACAAUUAAAAUAUGAAACUUAACUACUUUGAUGCUUAUAUUUUAUUUAUAAAAGUAUAUGUCUUAUCAAAUUUCAAUUUACAAAUUUUAUUAUAUGACUCAUUAGUUAUGACUCAUAAGAAACAAAAAAAAAUAUAUAUAUAAUUAUACAAAGGCUAUUAUUUACUAAAUUAACUCAUUAAAAUAAAAACUUCAUGUAUGUGAAUAAU